UGCGUCGACAAUUGACACGCUGACAAAUGAUCCUAAGCAAUGGAAAACUACAGUAUUUCCUCUAAUUCAUUCGAAAAUAACGUCCAAAUUCAUCAGGAAAACAACUAUUACGCUUCUGAACCACCUCAAAGCAAAUCCGACGCUUGUCGAAAUGCGCUUUUCCUUGCAGACCCAAUUGUUGAUCGAGAAACGCUCAAAGGUACAAAAGGCCGAAGGACUGCAGGUACCUGCGAAUGGAUCAGAGACAAUGAAACCUACCGAUCCUGGCUUGAUGGCGAGGUGCAAUGUCUCUGGAUUACUGGCGGCCCCGGCAAGGGGAAAACAAUGCUCUCAAUCUUCCUAACUGAAGAGCUUGAAAGACGCACUCAAGAAAGCAAAGCCACAGAACUUCUGUUAUUCUUUUUCUGUACCCCAGACGAGAAGCACAGCAGUGCUGUGGCUAUUCUUAGAGGUCUGGUAUACCAGCUAGUCAGAUUGCGCCCAAACUUGGUUAGCCAUAUCCUGUCCGACUUUGAAAGUGCCGAAAAGACUCAAGAGACGCUAAAGUCUCCGAACGCUCUCUGGAUGGUAUUGGAAAAAGUCCUGCAAGCUCCUGACCUUGGAACGGUCUUUUGCGUGCUCGAUGGACUUGAUGAAUGCGAUGAGAAGUCAUCAAGAUUACUGGUUGAUAAAUUCUACGAAUACUUUUUGGAAAGCUCAAAGCCAAGUGAUGUGCGAUUCAAAUUAGCGAUUGUUAGCCGAAAGAUUGGCAUAUUGGAUGUCUUCCCCCAAGUGAAACUGGAUCCUGAUAACAACGAAUAUGUCAAUAGCGACAUCCAAAAUUUCAUUGCCAGCAGCGUUAGAAGACUAGAAAGGAUACGAGGCAUCAAUGAUAUUCGAGAGAGUAUAGAGACCACCCUUCUAGAGCGAGCCCAAGGCACAUUCCUAUGGGUCGGCUUCGUUAUGGCAGAGCUUUCGAGAAAAAGGACCUGUACCGAGAUUAUGGAAACUUUAGAGGAAAUUCCUCAAGGGUUGCAUGGAAUUUACAGCCGAAUGUUGGCACAGAUUGAAGCUAGUCGACGAUCAGUCAUCUUUGACAUUUUGCAAUGGGUUGCCGUGGCCGUUCGCCCCCUGGCAUUAUCUGAACUGAGGGAAGCUAUUCAUCUCCCGCCCACAACGAAAAUCAGCAAGAACCAGGCCAUUUUCGAUCACAUCAUUCUAUGCGGACAUAUUCUCACAAUCCACGAUGAGCAAGUUAGCCUUGUCCAUCAAUCAGCGAGGGAUUACUUAUUACAAAGUGAUGUCGACUGUGACCCAAUACUCAAAGAGUUCCAGAUUGACGUGGAACAUGCGCAUGCUACCCUAACAGAAUCAUGUCUUGACUAUAUUGAGAAGAGCGAUUUACGCAAUACGCCUCUAGAUAUAAACGAUGCCUCAGUCCUGCAAAAAUUACCUCUAUUACAAUACGCUACAAUGCACUGGCCAGAACACGCAAGUCGGUGUUCGUAUACGGAUAAUAAGAUUUCAUUCAGGUUUUCAAGGUCUUUCUUCCAAAAGACGUCUAGUGUGCGGAAGCACUGGUGGCAGUCUUAUCGCGAAAGGAGCCAUAUCUUGAUAUUCAAAGAUAUCUCCAAUCUGCCUCUGUUACACCUGGCCUCUUACUUCGGGAUAUAUGAUUUGGCUCGGGAGCUGCUUAUGACCAAUAGGUUGCCCCGGACACCUCCAGCGGUAAAUGAAAGGAUACAUGAUGAUAUCUAGAACCACACCAUUAAUUCUGGCUGCCCGCGGAGGCCACACAGCCGUUGUGCAGAUACUGCUUGCAAAUGGCGCGGGUGAUGAAGGUUUGGCGCUGGUGGCAGCUGCCUGUAGAGGUCAUACGGAUAUUGUGCAGCUCUUGAUUGCAAAUGGCGCGGGUUAUAAACAUAGAGCGGCGGCGAUGGCUGCCCAUAGAGGUCAUACGGAUAUUGUGCAGCUCUUGGUUGCAAACGGCGCGGACGCCGAACUGGCGUGGACCCGUGCAGAGCUAGACAACAGUGGGCAGCAUUGAUUCCAAACGGUGAUGGCAGCAAAGAUGUUGAAAAGAGAUGUAAUUGUGCGGCGAUUGCACCGACGAAGCAACCUCAACAUAUAAAUAAGGCUAAUAGUCCAGUACUAGACAGGUUUCAGAUAGAUUUAACUAAUUAGCAUGCUGAGUGCUAAAAUAACUUGAACACCAAGUAUUCCGUACUUGUCCUCUGUAUUAGAACUGGCAC